AAUGCGUAUUAAUAUCGACGCGUUUAGAGAGCUCCUUAUAAGGACAAGAACAAUGUAUUUGACUGAAUACGAAUGGUACUACAUGCCUAGCAGCGUGCAUAAAAUAUUGAUGCAUGGGUGUGAGGUUAUUGAGUAUUUCGAUCUACCAAUUGGCAAUUUUUCAGAGGAAGCUCUGGAAGCUUUACAUAAACACAUACGUAUCGUACGAUAUGAUCAUACACGUAAAACUGCUCGGGAGCAUACAAACAGAGACUUGAUGUCAUACUUAACAAUAUCAUCAGAUCCUGAAGUAGUUUUUAAAAGGAGUGCUAUCCCAAACAAAAAUGCAGUUUAUACAAUGGACGAGCUGGAAGAGUAUUUAGUCGAUGCUGAAGAAACUUAAAAGUAAUAAGUACCCUUCAGUCAACUCAAUUAGUUUUAUACUAAUCAAAUACUAGUCAGCCACACGGC